AUGACCAUCUCCAUGAAGCUUUUCAUAUCCUUCUUUGUUUUUACCACCAUUUCCUUCAAUUCAUUGUCGUUCUCUGCUUCAGCUUCUCUAAUCUCUUAUGCUGACCAUUGUGCUUCAGUAGUUCCCGAGUCAACCGAAAAUAUAAAUGCAGGAUCUCAGUUUGUACAUCUGAUUCACACAGGCUACUACUACACUGGUGGUGGCAGUGACAUUCUUAAUCUAUACUCGCCCGAUGAUCAGGUCAAAAAUUCAGUUGGCUUCCAAUGCUGGGAUAUUAGUGAAACUCAUGUACAAGGCUUGUUUAAGGUCGAGGCAACUCUAGAGUUUCAAGUAACCAAUAUGAUUGAGUUGCAAAGCAUGCCGCCUAAAAUAAUUCCAGGUUCGGUUUCAUUUAGACUCAAUGGAUUCUGGUCAAAAUCUUCUGGGAAGCUCUGCAUGGUUGGAUCAUCGUCCAUUUACUCGAAACAAGGUAAUCCACUUGUUGUCCUUAAGCUGUAUAAUCUCAUCAUGAAUAACACUAGUGUUACAAGUUUGAUUAGUGGAACCUUUGAGAAUGUCAUGAUGAUAUCUGAGAAUGAUCCCAAGUCUUUGGGACCAAUCUCUAUUUUGAUGUUUCCUCGCAUGAACUACGCGUACACUUUGGUCUCAAAUAGUACUAAUAGCAGUUGCUCUAGUGGAAGUGAAGAUACCCCACGCUCUUUACAUGUUGAGAGAUUUUGUUCACUACUAUCAUCAAUAGUACUAAAUCAUGACUUUCCACUCAAAUUUUCAAGCCACUGUAUCACUCCAGAGAACUGCAUUCCAAUUUCUCUGUCUAAUUUACCUCGGGCUGUGUUGUUUAAGGACAUUGCAUGCUCGGAGGAUAAUCGAAGGGUGAGAGUUCUGGUGGAAUUUUCUGAUGGUAGGCUAAACCAGUGCCCAACGCUCUUCAAUCCUAAUACAACUUUAGUUGGGGAAGGCUCAUGGGAUGCAAAGAAGAAUCAGCUAUGUGUUGUUGCUUGUCGAUUCUUGAAUACAACAAAUUCUUUGAAUAAUACUAAUGUGGGUGAUUGUUCAACAAGAUUGAGCUUGAGAAUUCCCGCAACAGGGACAAUUGGAAGUACUAGCAGCAUUGUGGGGCAUAUUUGGAGCACCAAAACUGUGACAGAGUUGGGCUACUUUGAAAAGAUCACAUUUGCAAGUCGGGACUGUGGUUGUCGCAAGGGUCUACUUCCAGGCCAGACAUAUGAGUACACUAAAAUGGAGAAAGUAACAAACUUGUGCUCGAGAAAGAAGACUGCAAAUGAUAUGGCCAGCAUUUACCCAAAUCCAUUUUCGCAUGUCACGAGUUUCAUUAUGCAUGCCGAAAAUUCUGAAGGACAAGUUGGAUUUGGCAAUUGUGUUCCUCUCUCUGUUGACAAUAGUAUUUACCGGACUGAUUGGUCUUCGGGGGAAGAUGCAUGUGCACCUGAAAGCAAUCAAGAAUACUCUGUGGCUCCUCUGACUUACAGCUACAACCACAGCAAUCCCAUCAAUAUUAGCUACAAAAUAGAUCUCCAACUACAAUCUAAUCCAAAGUGGGGCAAGCAGUCGGUUAAAUAUGAAAUGCAUAUCAAUGCUGAAGGGAUCUAUGAUGGUACAGAAGGAAGCCUUUGCAUGGUAGGCUGCCGCACACUUGUCUCAAACAGUCAGCAGGCAACAAAUGAUUCAAUAGAUUGUGAGAUUCUUGUCCAUUUUCAGUUCCCAGCAACAACUGCAAAGGAUUUGCAUCAUAUCAAAGGAAGCAUUGAGAGCACUCGAAAGAAGUCCGAUCCUCUCCAUUUUGAACGCUUGGAUUUGUCUACAGCUGCCAAGCAUGUUGAAGAAAAGCGAUCCAUUUGGAGGAUGGAUGGGAAGAUAACCUUGGUUCUUAUAUCAACCACACUUGCAUGUGUUUUUGCUGCAUUACAAAUCUUCCAUGUGAAAAGAAACCCUGAAGUCAUUCCCUCUAUUUCCAUCUUAAUGCUUCUAAUUCUAACCCUUAGCUACAUGUUACCUCUCGGGAUUAAUUUUGAAGCCAUGUUCAUGCAUAAUUUCAACCGCCAAAAUGUGCACCUUGGAGGGGGUGGAUGGCUUGAAUUUAAUGAGAUAAUCAUAAGGGUGGCAACAUUGGUAGCUUUCUUGAUACAGUUCCACCUUCUGAAGCUAACUUGGUCAGCAAAAUUGGGAAAUGGAACCCGGAAGGAUCUCCGGGUUAUGGAAAAGAGGGCUCUCUUUGUGGCUUUACAUGUGUAUGCUGUAGGGGCUUUAGCUGCUUUGUUUCUGCAUAGACAGAAACUGAGGAAGAGGGACGAUCGCAUUGAGUUGCCUCAUCUAGAGAAUACAGUUCUGGAUGCCUUGACAUCUUAUGGUUGUUUGGUCUUGGAUAGCUUUUUGUUCCCUCAAAUUCUGCUCAACAUAUUCUGCCAAUCGAAGGAAAAUGCUCUAUCAGUUUGGUUCUACAUUGGAACAACUGUAGCUCGAGUUCUGCCACAUGCACAUGCUCUUUACAGGGCUCACAGCCCUGCCAAUGACCAAUUUGAUGAUUUCUCAUACAAUUAUCCAGCUCCUGUGGCAGAUUUAUUCUCCAUAGCUUGGAAUGCCAUCAUUCCUUUAGAAGGUGUACUGUUUGCUGGUAUCAUAUACUUGCAGCAGCGGUUUGGCGGUCGGUGCAUUGCUCCUGGAAAGCUGCGAGAGGUGGGUAUAUAUAAGAAGGUCCCUACAGUUCAUGAAGAGUAA